GAAAACGGCGACAUUGAACAAAGACCUGUCAUAAAAAGAACAUAUACAGCUUUACUGGGGUUUCACAAAAAAGGACGGUCCUUUUGUCCGGUGGUUAGGUAUGUCUGAUCAAUGAACAACGUGGCUGGGGCUAUUCAUUUGUAUUUAACCUCAUUAGAAAAAAAAAUCAGUUCAUCAAAUCAUUGUUCGUUAACGCAUAUCCCGGCCUCUCUUAACUGCGUUUCCUCUUUGGAUUCGGUUUUGUAUGAGCAUGGUCCAUGGUAUGACUGGAACAGACACAGCAGAACGACUUCGAGGAAAUCUUCUCUUUAGGUCUCCCAAUCUAGUAAAUAAAUAUGGUGUCCAAAAAGAGAGCAAUAAUUUACAUCGUUCUUGCUAACACGGUGUGUACAUUUUUCUAUUUAUUCGGGACAACAAUUUUGCAUCUGGAUAGUCCGCUUGAAACUCGUUCUAAAAAGAAAGAUGAGACAACUACUGCAUUAGACCGUCAUGUUACACAGAGCAUACCAGAUAAUGUUGGUGACAACGUGAAAGUAAACCCUGCCACAAUCCAAAAGCCUUCCUCUAGAAAGGCACUUGGUUGGAGAAAUGAAUUUCAUUGGGAGUCCAAAAUAGACCAGCAUGACUAUCGCAUCCUCAUUAACCCUCGGAAUAAAUGCAAGCAGUCGGAAAAUAUAACUUUGCUUAUCCUCGUCAAGACAAGAGUGAGUAGCAUAAAAGAGAGGAAUAUAAUCAGAGAAACGUACGGCCAGGGAAUAGUGAAGUAUAAUGUGUCUGCAACGAUUCUAUUUCUACUUGGAAGAGAAAGUAAAUAUAAUUCAAUUGCACAGGUUGAUCUCCAGAAGGAGGCUGAUCUACACGGAGAUAUUCUUCAAGAGGACUUCAUAGAUACCUAUUAUAAUCUAACCAUCAAAACCAUUAUGGGUUUCCAAUGGGCAUCGAUGUCCUGCAGUAAUACUUACUUUGUAAUGUCAACAGAUGAUGAUUGUAUCGUCGACGUCGUUAACCUUGCCAAUGAUCUCGAAUCAAACACAUCUUCGACGUUUCUUUCGAAUUUUGCCCUGGCCGAGCGAGCAAUCAACUGGGUUCCGCACCGCGAUCCUGGUGAUAAGUGGUACACUCCACGGGAAUUGUAUUCGGCUGAUCGCUGGUUACCCUUUCCUCGAGGAUACGGUUAUGUUGUUUCCAGAAAGGUGGCUCAUCUUCUUUACCAAGCUUCUCAGAAGAUAGCUCCACCUGCACCCUGGGAUGAUGUCUACUGUGGUAUACUCUUACAUUCAUUGGGGAUAGAGAUGCAAGAUAUCAUAGUUUGGUUUAAGACCAAGCAUACACAUGCACCAUUAAGAGCACCAUUGAAGGUUCAGGACCACUAUGUGAUUGGGGGAAAUGGAAAUGCAAUGAACAUGAUGAACACAUGGACGGCAGUUGAAAAUAGGUACCAGAAAUAAACACGAAGAUAUAUAAGUAUAUUAUUAUGAUGAUGAUUUCCCGGAAGUUUCCUGAUUCAAGAAAUGUAGAUGCUAUACUAUCAAACUUUAUUGUACCCACAGUUCCUUCCCACCACAGUUGCUGAGUUGAAUUCUUUUAGCCGAAAUAUUUGAAAAGUCAUUUUCGCAAAAUAAUGUUGACCGAAGUAUCAAGCUCAUCGACGCGCUUUACACCGUGAUGUCAUCAUCAGCAGUUGCACCUGCAGUGCACCGACCAACAUCGCCACCAUGACCAACGUAUUGAUCAGUGCUUCUUUGAAUAACCUGUUUACCAAGGCUCUGGAACAAAGCUAAUCUUGUUUACUUACUGGUUGAUUUUAUAUUCCAUCUUGCCUUUCUCUCCCGCACAGCUGGACAUUUACUGGGAAAGCCUAUAAAAUUUAGAUUUUUAUUGAGUUUCUACAGUCAUUUCAAUAAAAAAGUGUUAGUGUUACAAAAUAUGGCUUAUAUGAAUAUCAUACAGUGGGGAUAACAGAAAUGAAGCCUACUGGGUUAUCCCCUUACAAAUAAAUAGGCCUACAUUUAAAAGUACACUUGCACAUUAUACAGUUAAACACUAACAAGCAAAAUUUUUAUAACUAUUGCAUUAUUGUCAUAAUCGUCACCUUCGUUUUCAGUAUUAUCGGCAUUUCUGUUGAUAUUUAUAAUCUGUCAUUAUUGAUGGUGUAGGCCUGUUUUUAAUGGAAAUUACUAUUUCCCAUUGCUUCACUAAACACAUUAAAAAUUAAACGCUGAAUAACGAUUUUAACCGCUUAAGAGCUAUGAUUUCAAAAGUGUAUUUUCAUUUGGUAGAUAAAGUACUUUAUACAUAGUAUUUAGAUUUAUCAUUGUGUUGAAUCCAGCAUGCGAAUGCAUCAUUCGAACAGUCACCAAUGCACAUUUUGUACCAACGAAUUAAACAUUCCUGUUAUUAGAAUGAGUGAGGAAAUGUAUUCAUUCAUGAACAAAGUUGAGUCAGUUUAAACUUUGCUUAACAGUAUGUAAUCCAAAUGAAAUGUAUUUUGAAUGUAUACGAGAAUGUGAUCUAAGACCACGCGUGACUCAAUUACUGUAUGCUGAAUACAAUAGGCUUGGAUUUAUUUUUCUCAGUUUGGUGCGUAAGAAUGGCUUGGUUUUCGGAUGCUGCUGUAGCGGAGUAAUUUUUUGUCACGUACAUGGUCACUUAAUUGAUAAUGCCCAUUGUAUGAUGUGUUUUUGUAAGUCAUAAAGGCUGAUUUUGACCAACCGAUCUGGGGUCGUUUCACAAAAGAUGGUAACUUUGUCAUUUGGUAACAACAAUGGUGGCACAGCCCAGCAACCAAUCACAACUCAAGGCUUCCAUGGUGGUUACUGCAAUGGCAAAGUUACCCUAGUUGUAAGUCUUUUUGAAACCGGGUCCCAGUUUCCAUUCACAUCGCUCUUCUAAAAAAAUUCAAGGAAAUUGAAUCUGUAUCUCUUGUCUUCACGAAUUAAUCUAUUUACUCAUGAGCAAAUAGUUAUAAGAAUUUGCUCUUUCACUUUCUGGUGGAUUAAUAUAAUAAUAAUAAAAAAAUAUUUUAUAUUAGCCCUUUGAAUUUGAAAUGGCAGUUAAUUGGUAUAUGCACUGCGUGUAUAAGGAAACUUGGCCCUCGUUUCAUGGAAGGGGUAGACUAUAAUUGUUUGCAAUCUUGAUUUCAUAUCGAUAUCUAUGAUUCAUAAAUGCACUUCUGAAAUUAAUUAAAUUACUCUAUGACAUAUAUUUUGUAAACAAUUUAAAGUUCCGCAUGAAUUAUUAAUUUCAGACGUUAUGAGUUGACAAACUUCGAAUUCGUCGGGUUUUUUAAAAGAUGUGUUUUCAGACGCGAAAAGAGGUUCUAAUUCCUAUUUCCAUACCUUUGACAUAGGAGAAACCACGUGUUAGGGCUGAAUAAACUUUGUUUCACAUUGUUUACAAUAUUCUAUCAUAAUUUUUCAUUACCAAGGCUGUCUGAAAAUUGGAGACCACUAAUUAAAUGACCUACAACGCCGUCCUUCAUUGUAGAUCGGACGUUCUACCGGCGUUCUACGCGUCUGAAGGCUCUUGUGGGCAACUGCAUACGAAUACUGUGUAGGUCGUUGGUGCAUCAAAGAGCAAACUAGUGGGCCGUAUGCAUAAAAAGUAGCAAUUGCUUGUGCUAGCCUUUUACUUGAAUCUGUAUGCAUAAACAUAAGCAAUUGCUUGCAAGCAAAUGCUUUUGCUAGCAAGCACAAGCAAUUGCUUGAUGUCCGCAAGCAAUUGCUUAAAGAUCAAGCAAUUGCUUAAAACCGUAUGCAUAAAACAAAUCUUUUACUUGUCUUGAUAAGCAAUUGCUUGCGUUUUUUCAAGCACCUCCAGACCAGCUUGAGCUCUUGCUUACUCAUGGCAUUCUCGUUUAAGGAUUAAAUUUUCAUACCGUUUCAAGCUCCAUAUUCCAGAGGUUAUGUUGUGAUUUCAUAUCUAAUCAAAUUCCUGUUAUUUUAGACUUUUUACGGCAAUUUUUGUCCAUCGAUCUACACAGAAACCCCCCUGAUGCUCUGCGCUGUUUUCCCCCUAUUUGCGUAAUAAAAAAUACUUCUGCCAGGUCGGGAACGAAGCGUCGUUGUCCUACUGUGCGAUGUUCGCACAACCGUAACGAUCCUUUGUCCAACACAUAAGCAAUUGCUUAGGCAGUGCAAGCAAAAGGUUUCAGCACAAGCAAAAACUUGUGCAUACGAAUUUAAGCAAUUGCUUGAACUUGCCCUUUUGCUUGACCAGCUCUUGCUUUUGCUUAAAGCAUUUGCUUAUAAGCAAUUGCUUGUCUUUAUGCAUACGGCCCAUUGUCUGUGCAUAUACCUUUAGUAUUUUGACGCGUUAUUUAUCAUUGUGCAAUAUCACGCAACUCAAUUUUGAUAAAUUGCGUUGUAAAAAAAUCAAAUAGAAAAUCACGGAUACACAACAGGGAGUAAGUGCCAAUGCAUUGAUAGCAGACCAAAUCAUGUACUUUCAAUGACCAUGCAUCUCUGCUAUAUAUUAUACGUAUAUGACACCUAUUUGUGUUAUCAACACUUAUUGAAAUUAGAAAUUGUGUUUUAAACUGCGAAAGAACAGUUGUCUCCUCGAGGCUAAAAUUAAUCUCACUCUGAAUAUGAAUUUUCGAUUCUCAUGAAGAAAGAUUAAUGUUAUGCUGUCUAGAAAAGGAUCGUAUUCUAAUUUAAUGUGAGAUGAAGAUCGAAAUCAAAACAUCGCCAUAAUGAAAAUAUAUACAUGUUGUCUUGACUAAGUACCUACUCUAUUAAAGGGGAAGUUCGCC